CAACAGGAACCUGAAAUGAAUGAAGAACGAUCUGGAGCAACUGCAUUUGUUCAUGGUCGGGAAAUAUUUCUCUGUGGUGGUUGGAAUGGGAAACAAUUCUUUAGAAACAUCGAGAGUUUAAAUGUGGAUGGAAAAUUGCAAUGGAAAAUAUCUCAUGUCAUGUUACCAAGAAAUUGUGGUGGACAUAGUAUGGUUUAUCAUAAUGAUAAUGUGAUUAUGAUUGGUGGACGUACUAGUAACGAAGCCUUUGAUACAAUCUACAGUAUUCAACUAAAUCCUCCACAUACGACAAAAUUAUUGGCGCGAAUACCAGAGCCAAGAUGUUACCAUGGCUCAAUUCUCAUUGACGACAAUUUUUUAGUAUUUGGUGGGGGAAUAUCUAGGAAAUUCGAAGAUAUCAAAAACACUGUUUAUUCAUACAGUCUCAGUAAAAAGGAAUGUAAAACCUUGGCUCCACUUCCAUAUCCUGUAAGUGACAUGGGUAUAGUCAGUUAUAAAGGUAAUGCAAUUUUGAUUGGAGGUCAAAAUGAUAAAGGUGAAAUAUUAGAUAAAGUUUUGAUGUAUGAUGUGAAAACAGGACAAACUAAAAUGCUUCCUUCACUUAAUCAUAAAAGAUAUGGAUGUUCAGCAGUUAUCAUUGGAAAUAUUAUUGUUGUGGUUGGUGGACAUGAUGGUGAAUCAUUUCUUGAUUCUGUUGAAUGUCUUGAUAUGAGUACAAACGUUUGGAGAGAACUACCUCCUAUGUUGACCAAACGAAGUUUUCCUGCCGCAGUUGUUUCACCAAUAUAUUAAAAAUUUAUUACUAAAACAUACAUGUUUUAUGUUUUACUAAAAUAAUUUUUGGCAGUCGUAAAAUGAAACAACCAUUUUAGAAACUUAAGUCUGUAGUUUAAAAUACAACGUUUUUACUUGAAUAGGGCGCCUACCUCUUUUAUCGUAGCCAUUUUAAGAAAUGUCAAUUUUCAUGAUAAGAUUUAUAUUACUGAUAAACUGUUAACAUGUACGUAACUUAUAAUGCAAUGUAAAUAAUUACCUGAAAGUUUCUAAAAACAUAUUUUGCAACAGCA